GAGAGGCGGUACCUCGGUCCAAUAGGACAUGAAAGCGCCCGUGUGACGGACGGAGCGACCGACCAAUCGGAUUGGUCCGGAUCGGUUCGGUGCUGCUGGGCCAGGUUCGGGCGCGGAGCGGAACGGAGCAUCGCCGGGGUCCCGAUCCGCUACCGCAACCAUGCCGGCCGUUUCCAAGGGAGACGGAAUGCGGGGCCUGGCCGUAUUUAUCUCCGACAUCCGAAACUGUAAGAGCAAAGAGGCUGAAAUUAAACGAAUCAACAAAGAGUUGGCCAACAUCCGGUCCAAAUUCAAGGGAGAUAAAGCCUUAGAUGGUUACAGCAAAAAGAAAUAUGUCUGCAAACUGCUUUUUAUCUUCCUACUGGGCCACGACAUCGAUUUUGGGCACAUGGAAGCUGUGAACCUGCUUAGCUCCAACAAGUACACAGAGAAGCAAAUUGGUUACCUGUUCAUUUCAGUGCUGGUGAACUCCAACAGUGAGCUGAUCCGCCUCAUCAACAAUGCCAUCAAGAAUGACUUGGCAAGCCGCAACCCCACCUUCAUGUGCCUAGCCCUGCACUGCAUCGCCAAUGUGGGCAGCCGUGAGAUGGCUGAGGCCUUUGCCUCUGAGAUCCCCCGCAUCCUGGUGGCCGGUGACACCAUGGAUAGCGUGAAGCAGAGUGCUGCCCUCUGCCUCCUGCGCCUCUACAAGACCUCACCUGACCUGGUGCCCAUGGGAGAGUGGACAUCGCGCGUGGUGCACCUUCUGAAUGAUCAGCACAUGGGUGUGGUCACAGCUGCUGUCAGUCUCAUUGCUUGCCUCUGCAAGAAGAAUCCUGAUGACUUCAAGACAUGUGUCUCCUUGGCUGUAUCCAGGCUCAGCAGGAUUGUGUCCUCGGCCUCCACAGACCUCCAGGACUACACCUAUUACUUUGUGCCAGCUCCCUGGCUCUCGGUCAAGCUCCUGCGGCUGCUGCAAUGUUAUCCUCCCCCAGAAGAUGCAGCAGUGAAAGGUCGUCUGGUCGAGUGCUUGGAGACUAUCCUCAACAAGGCCCAGGAGCCACCCAAGUCCAAGAAGGUUCAGCACUCCAAUGCCAAGAACGCUAUCCUGUUUGAAGCCAUCAGCCUCAUCAUCCACUACGACAGUGAACCCAAUCUGUUGGUGCGGGCAUGUAAUCAGCUAGGCCAGUUCCUACAGCAUCGGGAGACCAACCUACGAUACCUGGCCCUGGAGAGCAUGUGCACCCUGGCCAGCUCCGAAUUCUCCCAUGAAGCCGUCAAGACCCACAUUGAGACUGUCAUCAAUGCCCUCAAGACGGAGCGGGAUGUGAGUGUACGCCAGCGGGCUGCUGAUCUCCUCUAUGCCAUGUGUGACCGCACCAAUGCCAAGCAGAUAGUCUCGGAGAUGCUUAGCUACCUGGAAACAGCUGAUUACUCCAUCCGGGAGGAAAUUGUACUGAAGGUGGCUAUCCUGGCAGAAAAAUAUGCAGUGGACUACAGCUGGUAUGUGGACACUAUCCUCAACUUGAUCCGUAUCGCCGGGGACUACGUGAGCGAGGAGGUCUGGUACCGCGUCAUCCAGAUCGUCAUUAACCGAGAUGAUGUGCAAGGCUAUGCUGCCAAGACUGUCUUUGAGGCCCUACAGGCUCCAGCUUGUCAUGAGAACAUGGUGAAAGUCGGCGGCUACAUCUUGGGGGAGUUUGGGAACCUCAUCGCCGGAGAUCCUCGCUCUAGCCCUCUGGUGCAGUUCAACCUCCUGCACUCCAAAUUCCACCUCUGCAGCGUCUCCACCCGGGCCCUGCUGCUCUCCACCUACAUCAAGUUCAUUAACCUCUUCCCUGAGACCAAGGGCACCAUCCAGGAAGUGCUGCGCUCGGACAGCCAGAUCCGCAACGCCGACGUGGAGCUGCAGCAGCGCGCGGUGGAGUACCUGAAGCUCAGCUCCAUUGCCAGCACUGAUGUCCUGGCGACGGUGCUGGAGGAGAUGCCUCCAUUCCCUGAACGUGAGUCCUCCAUCCUGGCUAAGCUCAAGAAAAAAAAGGGCCCUGGAGCUGGCAGCGAACUGGACGAUGGCAAGAAGGACCCGAACUCGGAGAUCAAUGGGGGCAUGGAGCCCUCAACCAGCACUGCCUGCAGGAGUAGAGAAAAAGCAUGCUCCCACAGCGCAGGGCCCGGUGCCUUUUCCUCUGCCCCCAAGUCGACGCCAUCCCCGUCUGCCGACCUCCUGGGCCUCCGGGCAACCCCAGCAACUGCUUCCGGUGUCCCGGCCAGUGCCGGCAACCUUCUGGUGGACGUGUUCUCUGACAGCCCCUCAGCUGCAACUGGCCUCGUGUCGGGUGCCGAAGAGAACUUCUUGAGCUCAGGGGCUGCCGCUUCUGUCUCUGAGGACCCCGCUUUGCCUAUUGCUGAGGCCGAUGAACUGCUUCACAAGUUCGUGUGCAAGAAUAAUGGAGUGCUCUUUGAGAACCAGCUGCUUCAAAUUGGGGUAAAAUCGGAGUUCCGGCAGAACUUGGGCCGGAUGUAUCUCUUCUAUGGGAACAAAACGUCUGUCCAGUUCCAGAGCUUUACCCCUACAGUCAGCUACCCAGGAGACCUCCAGAGCCAGCUCAACAUCCAAACAAAAGCAGUGGAGCCCCUGGUGGAGGGAGGUGCUCAAGUUCAACAGGUCCUGAACAUUGAGUGCCUGAGCGACUUCACAGAAGCCCCCCUCAUCAAUAUAAAAUUCCGGUAUGGUGGGACGCUGCAGAACCUCACACUCAAAUUGCCCAUAACCGUCAACAAAUUUUUCCAGGCAACAGAGAUGCAAUCACAAGACUUUUUCCAGCGCUGGAAACAGCUCAGCCUGCCACAGCAGGAAGCCCAGAAAAUCUUCAAAGCAAACCACCCCAUGGAUUCCGAAGUGACUAAGGCCAAGCUGUUAGGUUUUGGCAGUGCGCUUUUAGAGAAAGUGGAUCCAAACCCUGAUAACUACGUAGGAGCUGGGAUCAUCCAGACAAAGGCGCUGCAGGUUGGAUGCUUGCUGCGGCUGGAGCCCAAUGCCCAGGCACAGAUGUACCGGCUGACUCUCCGUACCAGCAAGGAGUCUGUUUCAAAGCACCUUUGUGAGCUGCUCUCUCAGCAGUUCUGAGAUACUGGCCACACCAGAGGGGGAGGGGGGGAAGGGGAGGCCGUUCCUGCACACUUGGCUGCCUGCGUCCAUCCCCUCCCACCUCCCUCCAAACCAGGGGCCUCCAGAAAGACUGUAUUGCUCCCUGCCUGUUGUUGUGAUAACCUCUGUGUUCUCAUUGCUUAGCCCGGGCCAGCACCGAGGGGGGGGGAAUAAAGCAAGGGAGGGGAGCAGAAAUGUGGUCCCUGGGAUGGACAGACUCUGAAAAGGGGGAGGGAGGGAUGAUGUGUGUCUGCACAAGGCGUUCUUCCAGGAGUAAUCUUCCCCUUGCCAGGAGGGUGGCCCUCAGAAGAAAGCCAAGAUCUCUCUUAUCCCAUUGGCCUAACUCCAAAUCAGGCUGAGAUUUGUGGUCUUAAUCCCUAUCCCUGCUCCUUUAUGAUUUAGUCUGGCAUUUUUGGUUUUGUUUACAACACUUACCCCUUCUUUCCCCAUCCAAGGGCCUUCCCCCUUUCAGUAGGGGAGGUGGCAUAUACAUGUCAGCUACCCUGCUUUCCCGAGCUGGCUGUGGGGAGGAAUGGGGUGUGGGGCUUUUUGGGGGGGGAGGGGGGAAUUGCUUGUAGGGGAUUGUUUUUGUGUUUCUUUGCCUUGUGUAUUUCCCUGGGGUGUGUGAGAAUUCUCUCCCUUUCCUUUGUCAUGGACCAUUCCAGUGUUACAGUUGCGUGCGUUUAUUGUGGGAACGUAACCUUACUCAAGAGCAGGCCUGCCUCCCCCUUUUAUCACUGCUUAGAAGGAAAAACUGCAUGACAGUGGAGAGGGCUGUGGGGGAAGAGAUUCCUAAUCAACUUCCGCUCCUGACUCCCUUCCCCACUUUCCAAAUCCAGAGUGUUUAAUGGGACUCUCAAGCAGCUGUAAGGUUUGGGGAGACUCGACUCUGGAAUGCUGCCCUCCAUGCAUUUUGGAAAGGGGGGGGAAGGUUCAGUUCACGCUAGUUUGGGGGUGUCCCAGCUUCCCAUGCUGGCCCGGGCUCCAUGUUACUCUGCUGUGUAGGUGUUAUCUAGCGCAUCUUAGUUUUAUCUGGGUUUUGAAUGCCUGUAUCUAUCUCCAUGUGACUAAUAAAGCCGUGAGGGCGGGGGAGAGCCAGAAUCAAGCCAGGCUGGGUCACCCCCACACCGCUGACUGACUUGUUGUGCGCUGCUUUUUAAUUGUGGGUAAAUGAGAUAUGGGGGGAGCAGAGAUCCCACCCCUUAGAACGGAGAUGCAGUCAUCUCUAGACAAGGGAUAUCCAUGGUAUUGAGAAGACAAAAUCUGGUAUUUGUUCUACGGUGGCUUCUAGCCAUGUGGAUGGAUGCCUGUUUGUUCACAGUUGGAACCACUAUAUUUUUGGUGGGGUGCUUUGACCCAUCACCUAUAGAACUAGCUGUUCAACUCCAGCUGUAUGUAAUUGGAAGCAGCACUGAUAUGCCAAGAAGUGAUAGUUAACACUUUGCAAGGAAAGAGCAACAACUCUAUUAUGUCAGUGACACAAAACAGAGCUUUUGCUGGGGCCGGAAUGCAGGAAGGCUUUCUAGGGUACUCUGGCUAUGAGACUGAGGGCAGAUGUUAAAAAGAAGAGGGAGACCAACUUCUUCCUGGGAAGCACAAUGCACCUGCCUUUUGUACUCACUCCCCUUCCUGCAGACCCUAAAGCAGCAGGGAGUUUGGGAGGGGGCGGCUAAUUAAAGAUUAGGAGACCAUGUUUACUUCCCUAUUUCUGGUGGGUGUUUAAAUCUGUAACAAGAACCUCCCCUUUAAUUCUGUGUGGUGUGAAUAAAUUAUGCAGAUAAUCUGCAUAACUGUA